CCUUUGCACUGGUGACGGACGGGUGGUCACCCUGUCGCAACAAUAAACAAAUCAGACGCAAGUUGGUUAAUUGCAGUGCGGCAUCCCACCUCAAAGUUAACCGUUUCAUUGCCAAUAUCUACCUUAAGAAUCGUCAUGGAUGCUAAAUUAGCUCAGAUCCGAGAAGAUCGUGAGGAACUGGAACACCUGCUGUCGUUAGCGCAGAGGGCCCGGGUCAAGGACAUGCUCUCCAUUAAUUUAAGGAAACUGGACACGGAGUACAUCGUGACCAAAGAGAAAUUGGACCAGGCUCAGGUGGCCGUAACCUUGGGUCAAGCAAGUGUUACCAACACGCCGGUUGGAAGACAACUCGAUGCCAAUCCCGUUAUCAAGGCUUACGAUACGACCAUCAAAACCUAUUCUUGGGAUCAAUCGGACAAAUUUGUCAAGGUUUUUCUUACCGGCUUGGGCGAUCUUUCUCAAGUGUCUCCAGAUCAAAUUGUGCAACAAUUUACCCAACAUUCCGUUUCGAUUCGCAUCAAUCAAGUGGGCGAUCGAAAUCUCUUAUUCAACAUUCAUCACACCGGUCAGCCCAUCGACCCGAAACAGAGCUACGUCAAAGUCAAAUCGGACAUGAUCAGCAUUUAUCUGGCCAAAAUCGAACGUGGACGUCAAUGGCCUCAUUUAAGGGCCUCGGACGAGGUGACACAAAAGCCCAUCGCCCCUCCCAAAAUAGAUGAGACCGCCGAUCCUUCAGCCGGACUCAUGUCCAUGAUGAAGCAAAUGUACGAGGAGGGCGACGAUGAAAUGAAGCAAACUAUCGCCAAAGCCUGGUCGGAAGGCCAGAGCAAAAACAGCCCUUUCUAACAGAACGAGAUUCCCACCCAUGAUGGCACGCAUCGACCGUGAUAGAACCGGUAUAUUCUCAUUAUGUGGUCGCGAAUAAAUACAACAAGCCUUUGACAAAUUGAACAAUCUCGUUGCCGCCCAAUUUGGAUUCGCCGUAGACGCGAUCCACGAAGGAAAUGGGGACCUCGCCAAUGGAGAAGCCUCGCUGACGAGCUCGGAUAAUCAUUUCCAUUUGAAAUACAUAGCCUUUGGAGGUGCAAGCCUUGA